AUGGCCCUGCUGCCCCGGGCCGUGAGCGCGCGCGCGGGGCCCGGCCGGCUGUGUGCGGCGCGCGCCGCCUCCCUCCUCCCGCCGCCUUCGAGUGGCCCCGCCGGGGCCCUGCGCGCCCUCCGCCGCGCCAUGGCGUGCGCACGGGAGCAGCGCCCGCCGCCCGCCGGCGUGACCGCCUACGACUACCUGGUGAUCGGGGGCGGCUCGGGCGGGCUGGCGAGCGCCCGGAGGGCGGCCGAGCUCGGCGCCAGGGCCGCCGUGGUGGAGAGCCACAAGCUGGGCGGCACUUGCGUGAAUGUCGGAUGUGUACCCAAAAAGGUGAUGUGGAACACGGCCAUGCACUCCGAGUUCAUGCAUGAUCACGUUGACUAUGGCUUUCAGAGCUGUGAGGGUAAAUUCAACUGGCGUGUUAUAAAGGAAAAGCGAGACGCCUACGUGAGUCGCCUGAAUACCAUCUAUCAGAACAACCUGACCAAGUCCCAUAUAGACAUCAUCCAUGGCUACGCAGCAUUCACCAGUGACCCAGAACCCACGGUAGAGGUCAAUGGAAACAAAUACACUGCUCCUCACAUCCUGAUUGCCACCGGGGGUGUGCCUUCACGUCCUCACGAGAGCCAGAUCCCUGGCGCCAGUCUCGGAAUAACCAGCGAUGGGUUUUUCGAGUUGGAAGAGCUGCCCAGGCGGAGUGUCGUCGUUGGAGCAGGCUACAUCGCUGUGGAGAUAGCGGGGAUCUUCUCGGCCCUGGGUUCUAAGACGUCGCUGAUGAUACGGCAUGAUAAGGUGCUUAGAAACUUUGACUCACUGAUCAGUUCCAACUGCACGGAGGAGCUGGAGAACGCGGGCAUAGAGGUGCUGAAGUACUCCCAGGUUAAGGAAGUUAAACAGACUUCAUCGGGCUUGGAAGUCUGCAUGGUCACUGCGGCUCCUGGUAGGAAACCCACCUUCACCACAAUUCCAAAUGUUGACUGCCUGCUCUGGGCCAUCGGGCGGGACCCAAAUUCCAGUGGCCUGAAUUUAAACAAUGUGGGGAUCAAAACUGAUGACAAAGGGCACGUCAUAGUAGAUGAGUUCCAGAAUACCAACGUAAGAGGCAUCUACGCAGUCGGGGACGUGUGUGGGAAAGCUCUUCUUACGCCAGUUGCAAUAGCUGCUGGCCGCAAACUUGCCCACAGACUUUUUGAAUGUAAAAAAGAUUCCAAGUUAGACUACGACAACAUCCCCACUGUGGUCUUCAGCCACCCUCCUAUUGGGACAGUGGGACUCACGGAAGAUGAGGCCAUUUAUAAAUACGGAAAAGAAAACGUGAAGACCUACUCAACCUCCUUUACCCCGAUGUAUCAUGCGGUUACCACCAGGAAAACAAAAUGCGUGAUGAAGAUGGUGUGUGCCAACCAAGAGGAGAAGGUGGUUGGGAUCCACAUGCAGGGAAUCGGGUGUGAUGAAAUGCUGCAGGGCUUUGCCGUCGCGGUCAAAAUGGGAGCAACAAAGGCGGACUUUGACAACACGGUGGCCAUUCACCCUACCUCUGCAGAAGAGCUGGUCACCCUCCGCUGAGCAGCCAGAGACGGGGGUGGCCGGUGGCCAGACCCGUGGGCCUUCCGCAAGGAACCAAAUCAUCACGUUUACUGACUCUUCCCGUUUCGUGUAUGUCUUUAUUUUUAAUCAGCUUCCUCUGAUAGUGGAAUUUUUUUUUUUUUUUUUUUUUUUUUUU